CCUCUUCUCAGCCCGACCCCUCGAAGACAGGUUGACGACGGGUUCCUUCAGAAGCCUACGUUGUCAUUCAGGCUUAGUAUCUACGCCUUCGAUGAGUAGCCACUGGAUUUCUGUUGACAUACUGAGACAAGACCAGUGUGUAUACUUUAUGGAAAAGCAGUGUUUUCUCCCCGCCAGUUGUCGGAGAAAUUAAACUCGCUCACGGUUUCUGAGAUUGUUCUUCACAUUCGGGGAUUAUAUCCAUCGCGCUAUGGCAAUGACUGUUUGAAUGUUGACGUGUCAUCUAACAAGCUGGCAAGCAGAAGGAAGGCACUGAUAUUUCCUUGAGAGUUUGAAAGUUAUGUCGGCCAUGACAGGUACAAGAUCACCUACGUCCCCUUGGCCCCCGGAGUGUCAAAACCUGCAGCUCGAGGGUUCCUCUACUCCAUCGGCCCUUUACACAUUACGUGAAUCUCAAAUGUCCCCGCUAGGACAUGGUAUCAACCCUCACAACUCGGUAUCAGAACGCUCGGGUCCCAAUUACUUCUCUAUUAGCGUGGAAAGCCCUGGUAAUCCAAGGAGAAGCCGGGAUGCGAUAUCAUACACUCAGCCCCCGGUUUCUAGUCCCAAAGCACAGCUCUUAUCCAAAAACAAAUCUAUUGAGGAUUAUCUGGGCCUGCCGAAGACCGGGGUAGUGGCCGAUGACGAACACAGAGAAUCACCGGCAUUUCGGCUUUCCUGGAAUCCCAGCCUACAGAGACGGAGUCCGAUACCUUCCCGACAGGAUGCAUCUCCUUUGAGGCAGACGUCUACUCACGGGCAUGGCGUUUCGGUUGAGCGCUGCGCAGAGCUUCUCGGGUCCUCUAAUAGGGAUAUCAUGCUGCUGGAUGUAAGGCCUUACGCGCAUUUCGCGAAGGGGUCUAUUAGAGGAUCAUUGAACCUUUGUAUUCCGACAACCCUUCUCAAGCGACCAUCCUUCGACACGCAAAAAUUAACAAAUACGUUCACGAAUGAAGCUGACAAAGAGAGCUUUGCGGGGUGGAGGAGAUGUCGUUACAUAAUAGUCUAUGAUGCUGCCACAUCUGACAUGAAAGACGCCAGUUCGCUGAUGAAUGUUCUUAAAAAGUUUACUGCAGAAGGGUGGAGCGGUGAGGGAUUAAUACUUCUUGGGGGCUUCAAAGCUUUUUCAUCUCGCUUUCCCACUCUCAUUCAAGGACAGCAAGUUCCAGUAUCCGACUCACCCGCGGGAAGACCAUCUCGAAUGCAUAUUGAUCUUCCAAGUGUCGCCCCUGUUGCAGGCGGCUGUGCUCUCCCCGAGUCCUCCCAUGCCGCGAUCCCUUUCUUCGGGAACAUACGACAACACAUGGAUCUCAUCGGCGGUGUCGGUCAGAUCCCACUUCAAGUACCUCACAGUUUUUCAGAAUCCAAGAAACGCUUACUCCCUCCUUGGCUGCGCGAAGUGUCAGAGUCCUCAGAUAAAGGCCGCAAAGUUUCAGAAAAGUUUCUGGGUCUGGAGAAAAAGGAGCUGGAACGUAUGAAGAAGGCAUUGUCUUACGAGAAGUCUACCGAUGCCGCUACAAUAAAUGACUCUUCGGAAAACUUUCGCGUGGCGGGAAUUGAAAAAGGCACAAAGAAUAGAUACAACGACAUUUACCCAUUCGAUCAUUCCAGGGUGAGGUUGCAAAAUGUGUCACCCGGAGGCUGCGACUAUGUGAACGCAAAUCACAUGAAGGCAGCUUAUAGUGGUAAACAUUACAUAGCUACCCAAGCACCCGUACCUGAUACGUUCAAUGACUUUUGGCGCGUUGUUUGGGAACAGGAUGUCCGCCUGGUGGUUUCUUUGACUGCCGAAGUUGAACGGGGACAUGUCAAAUGCCACCCUUACUGGGAAUCUGGCAAUUAUGGGCCUUGUCAGGUCAACAACUUUUCUCAGAAAUUCAUCUAUUUGGAUGCGCAAGAUCCGCAGCCAACUGAUAUGGAGCUUGACAAGCCGGAAGAUACUGGCAGUCCCUAUAUCAUUGUCAGGCAUUUCGGCUUGUCGCACUCAUCAUUUCCAUUUCAACCCUUGCGCGAAGUAACGCAGCUACAAUAUCCCCAUUGGCCUGAUUUUGGGACCACAUCUCAACCAGCACACCUUCUUAAACUUAUCGAGCAGUGUGAUAAAGUUACAGCAGCAACAACUGGAUCACAGCCUGGUUCUUGCGAUGGACGCGCAAACUCAAGGCCGGUAUUGGUGCAUUGCAGCGCAGGAUGUGGCCGUACUGGGACAUUCUGCACAGUGGAUAGCGUGCUGGACAUGUUGAAGCGACAACGCAGUGCAGCGCAUGCCUCGGGUGGAAAUAUGAACCAAUGUUCCCAUACCGACAAUGUGGAUCUCAUCGAAAGAACGGUAGACGACUUUCGAACGCAGAGGCCAAGCAUGGUGCAAAAUUUGAGCCAGUUUGUUCUGUGUUAUGAGAGCGUCUUGGAAUGGACACUUGCGCAGAUGGGGAAAGAGCAAGAUAUAGGAGGUUGCUGAGGGGUCUUUCAUUACGGUUAGACGUUUAGACACUGGGGAUGGUCGUGAUAGUAGACGGCUUGGAUAUAUUUCUCGUUAUGUCAUAUGCGUACAGGGUUUAGCAAUGAAGUUUUGGCCCUCUGUACAUCCCUCAUCUCCCCGUCUUCUUCGAAUGAUCAGGCACAUGUCAGCAUAGCGAAGACACUGAAUAUUUCCUAUCACCGGUUACA